AGGGGGAGACAGGGAGACAGGAGAGGCAGAGGGAGACAGGGGGAGGCAGGGAGAGGCAGGUGAGGCAAGAGAGUCAAGGAGAAGAGGCCAUGGACUUUAGUCCGGGAUUCCGGGAUGCGCAGGCGAUGGACAAUCUGGAGAAGCAGCUGACGUGUCCCAUCUGCCUGGAGAUGUUCACCAAGCCCGUGGUCAUCCUUCCGUGUCAACACAACCUGUGCCGCAAGUGCGCCAACGACAUCUUCCAGGCGUCGAACCCGUUCUGGCAGUCUCGGAGCUCGGGCGUGGGCUCCGGGGGUCGCUUCCGCUGCCCGUCGUGCCGGCACGAGGUGGUGCUGGACCGACACGGGGUCUACGGGCUCCAGCGCAACCUCCUCGUGGAGAACAUCAUCGACAUCUACAAGCAGGAGUCCACUAAGCCCAUGAAGAAGACGGACCAGCCGAUGUGCGAGGAGCACGAGGACGAGCGGAUCAACAUCUACUGCAUCACGUGCGGCGUGCCCACCUGCUCCAUGUGCAAGGUGUUCGGGGCCCACACGGGAUGCGAGGUGGCGCCACUGGGCACCGUCUACAAGAAGCAGAAGGGCGACCUGAGCGACGGGAUCGCCCUGCUCGUCGCCGGAAACGACCGCGUGCAGGCGGUCAUCGGACAGAUGGAGGAGACCUGCAAGGCGCUGGAGGCGAACAGCCGCCGCCAGAAGCAGAUGCUGUGCGAGCAGUUUGACGGGCUGUACGCCGUGCUGGAGCACCGCAAGCAGGAGAUGCUGCAGGCGGUGACGCGCGAGCAGGACGAGCGCAUGCAGCGCCUGCGCACCCACAUGCGGCAGUACGGCGAGCACCUGGAAGUGGCCUCCAAGCUCGUGGAGAACGCCCUGCAGUCCAUGGAGGAGCCCGAGAUGGCACUCUUCCUGCAGAAUGCCAAGCCACUCAUUCAAAAGAUCAUCGAGUCGUCCCAGGCGAACCACAUCCAGAAGAUGGAGCCGGGCUUCGAGAACAUGGACCGAUUCAUGGCCAGCUUCGAGCAGGAGGAGGCCCUGCUGAGGAGGAUCACCUUCCUGAGCACGAGUGGCGGAGGCGGAGGUGAGAAGGGAGACGAGGAGGAGGAGGAGGAGGAGGUGGUGGUGGAGGAGGUGGUGUACACGGAGGGGGAGGAUGGGCAAGCGGACGACUCGGUCGAGCAGGGCGCCGGCGCCGUUGGAGUCGGGGUGCAGGCGGGGCCCAGCGGGGUAAAGGGGGUGACGGGGGAAGGGACGCGAGCCCCCCGUGAAGACGGGGAGCCUCAAGCUGCGUUGGAUCCGCAUCUGGCCGAUGCCAGCACAGGGGGGGCUCCCAGCCGGCACGUGUUCUCCUUCCCGUGGCUCAACCCUGGCAAGCACUGAUCGCAGUGAAGCCGUGUUCGCCGUCUCGCCCAUCUCGCCCCGAGUGAGAGGCAGAGAGUGGGGAUCGGCGCCUUGGGUCACCCAAGCCAUCUCGGUCAACCCACGGCACCUGGUCCUGUCCCGUGACCUUCUGUUCAGCCAGCGAGCCUUCGACACUUCAUGCGGCCUCAAAGUGCACGUAGCCUGGCACAAGCGUCGUAGUGAAUUCGCCACCGCGAAAGUGGCGAAUGGCGGUUGUUGUUGUUGAUGAGCAAUCAUGGGAGAAGUUAAAUGAGGGGGAAGGAGGUCAAAAUUUUAGUGAUUGCGAUGGAGAGGAGGCAACUAGCAAUUGAUGAAUGAACUACAUUCAAUUCUUGUACUCAGGAUUAGUGCAUUGCAUUGUGCAUCUAGAAAUUGACUAUUUACAUUUAUACAUAUUAUAUGUUUAAGCGCAUGCCUUUAGGGAAAUGGAACACAUGAGAGGCUACAUGCAAAAACAUACGGACAACGAUGCAAACGAGACAGAGUAAUUGAUUAUUUAUUUGAAUCGUGAAGCUGAAUAAUAGCAAUUAAUAGAAUCGUUGAAGGGGUGAAUCGUCAUAUGGCUUGUGGAGAGGGAAUACAGUGUAAGAUGUAGGGGUGACAUCAAAUGAGAUGCAUGCAGAAGUGCAUACACUUCCUGUGGAUUCAUUUUAAUUUUUAAACAUUUAUUAAAGGGAAUUAUUUUCCUUUUCCCAGAAAAUGCUUUGCUGUUUAGCUGAACGUUGUUCUACUGUUCGUUAAAAUUAAAUUCCUUCCUGCUCAAACGAGCAUUUGAUUGCGUUCACUUCUGUAGGUGGCCCAUAGCCAGAGGUGGAAAUUCCACAUUCCCAUGGCAGGGGCCAGUCUCUACACGGGAUGACCACAAUUCACUUGCCACAAAGUGAUACUUAUUUUAUCGUGCCGUGAAUAGGAUGCUGGGCUGAUUGAAUAACCGAUCGAGAAUUCAACUCAAAACCUUCUCAUCAAGCACCUAAGCACACAUAAGUGGGUGCAAAAUCUAUUUGUCAAUUAAUGUUCUUUCACUUCUGAAAUUAUACAAACGCCCUUGUUUCUUUACAUAUUGUGUAGGUUCGAUUAUAUGAAGGGGUCAUACAUCUAUAACUCAUUCUCUCCGUCGGCGUCAGCUUAAGCUGACAAAGAGGUUUUUAAAUAAAGACACGAGCUAUAUCAGAACAUCUCUUUUUCGUGCAGAUAUAAACUUGGUAUCUUGCGGGGUUUUUAUGUUUGUUUUAAACUUCCCCAGAAUGCAUUGUUUCCGUUAGUGCGUAGCAAUAUUUACGGAGCGAAAGUCACCGUGCCCAGCUGCCGUCAUUCAGUGGCGCCUCGUUCUCACUUAUUCCCAGCGUGCGAUCGGGCCGCAGAGGCCAAACUAGAUGCGGCUGUUUUGGUUGAGCCAAAUAGCGAUAAUCACACACUGGAUUGCCAUUAAGCAGUAAAAAUAAGAAAUAAUUGGGAUUGUUUUAAUAAAAAAUGUUAUUCGUACACAUUGGGCCACUUGUGUGCUGUGAUUUGUGCACCGUUUUUCACAGGCGCGUUAUGUGUCGCCUAUUUUUCAGUAAAUAUCUGCUGAUAACUCCGUGAGUAUUGGGAAUCUACACGUCGCGUUACCACUAGUGUAGGGAGAUGUUAAAUAAACCUUCGUGGCUGCACUCUUGAACCACCGUAACAUU